UAUUGGCAAGAUGAGUUUCCGAGAGGAUUAUGCCAGCAAUUCAGAUGAGAACUCAAUUCGAAAGCCAUUAUUACUCCCUACGAAAGGGAAAGACGUAACGAGGACGAGUUUUCGAGAUGAUUCUGCUAUCUCUGAGGAUGGUCUCCGGAAGCCAUUAUUACAUACUGGAAGCUGGUAUCGAAUGGGCUCCAGACAGUCCAGCAUGAUGGAAUCAUCAGCCCAAACUCUACGCGAAUCCAUCUCCAUUUAUCUAUGUGUCCUCAUUGUAGCAUUGGGCUCUUUUCAAUUUGGAUUCACUUUGGGAUAUACUAAUCCUGCGCAGUCCAAUAUCAUGAAUGACCUCGUACUUUCAAUUUCAGAGUUUUCGAUCUUUGGAUCUUUAGCGAAUGUGGGUGCAAUGGUUGGUGCAAUUGCAAGUGGUCAGAUAUCUGAAUACAUUGGAAGAAAAGGGACACUAAUGAUUGCAGCACUUCCUAAUAUUAGCGGAUGGUUCGCCAUUUCAAUUUCAAGAGACACAUCAUUUUUAUACAUGGGAAGGUUGAUGGGAGGUUUUGGCGUUGGCAUCAUUUCGUAUGUGGUUCCUGUAUAUAUAUCGGAGAUUUCACCUCAAAACAUGAGAGGAGUUCUAGGAUCUAUUAAUAAUCUUUGUUUAACAGUUGGGAUAAUGGUCGCAUAUCUACUGGGACUCUUUGCGAGCUGGAGAAUGCUUGCAGUUAUAGGAAUGUUGCCAUGCAUGGUUUUGAUACCUGGUCUAUUUUUUAUACCAGAAUCUCCUCGUUGGUUGGCUAUAAUGGGGAAUUUUGAGGAUUUUGAAACUUCGUUGCAAGUUCUAAGGGGAUUUGACACUGACACAUCCUUGGAAAUGAAUGAGAUCAAGAAAUCUGUGCGAUCAUCGAGUAAAAAACCUAGUAUUCAUUUUUCUGAGCUUAAGAGAAGGCGAUACUACUAUCCUUUGCUGAUAGGUAUUGGAUUACUCAGUCUCCAGCAACUCAGCGGCAUUAAUGGUAUCUUAAUGUAUUCCAGUAACAUCUUCAAAUCUGCUGGAGUUUCAUCUAGUAAAGCUGCAACAUUUGGACUCGGGGCAAUUCAAGUUGUUGUCACAGCUAUAGCUGCAUCACUGGUGGACAAGGCGGGUCGCAGAGUACUUCUAAUUAUGUCCUCGUCGUUAAUGACAGUUAGCAGCUUCCUUGUUGCAACAGCAUUCUACCUAAAGAUAUUGCCAGUAGACAUUAAGAGUCUUGGUGGCAGUGUUGCUACAUUGGCAAAUUGGCUAACAUCAUGGGUUGUUACAAUGACAGCCAACUUGCUUUUGAGUUGGAGUGAAGGAGGAACAUUCAUCAUCUAUACAAUGGUAUCAGCAUCAACAGUUGUUUUUGUUAGGAUUUGGGUACCUGAAACCGAAGGGAAAACACUUGAAGAAAUUCAACGUUUCUUCAGAUGAUGCAAACCAAUUCUA